AUGCACGACGCAAAGAUUGUCGUCGGAGUCGCUUCGGCCUGCUCGGCCGCCGCCAUCAUCGCCGUGUUGGUGGUGGUGCCCAACCUCUACAGCACCAUCAGCGCCCUCAACGAGCGUGUGGCCAUCGGCGUCCAACAGUUCCGCGACGAGACCGACGGAGCCUGGACCCAGCUCAUGGAGGUCCAACUCCAAGUCACCCCUCCAUCCAAGCCCCGCGAGAACCCCUUCAACUCCAUCUUCCGUCAGAAACGUCAAGCCAACGGUGGCCUCCCAGCCUGGUGCCAGUGCACGCCACCCAAGCUCACCUGCCCACCCGGCCCCGCCGGACCUCCCGGCCCACCAGGACAGCCCGGUCAACCCGGCCCCAACGGACAGCCCGGCCAGGCCGGUCAACCCGGAGCCCCAGCCGCCCCUUGCGUGCAGGCCCAACAAGGCUGCAUCCAGUGCCCCGCCGGACCACCAGGCCAGCCCGGACGCCCAGGACCCCAAGGACCACCCGGACCCAGCGGAAACCCCGGAGCCCCAGGAGUUGCGCCCGGACAAGGACCACCCGGCCCACCAGGACCUGCCGGAAACGCCGGUGCCCCCGGACAGCCCGGAGCCCCCGGACAACCCGGAAACCCAGGACAGGACGCCACCCACUCCAUCAGCGUCCCCGGCCCCAAGGGACCCAACGGACCACCAGGAGCGCCCGGUCAGCCCGGCCCCAACGGACAGCCCGGUCAACCCGGAGGCCAGGGACCACCCGGCCCAGCCGGACCCAACGGACAGCCCGGACAACCCGGAUCCGACGGUCUCCCCGGAUCCAGCGGUGGCCCAGGACAGCCCGGUCCCGAUGCCGCCUACUGCCCCUGCCCAGCUCGUACCAUCCGUCGUUUCUAA